AUGGAUAAAACAGACAAAAACUUUUGGACGUGCAGUAAAUGUACAUAUCACAAUGUCGUCACAGAUCGAUCUUGUAAGAUGUGUGAUGGUAGUAGAUCUACUUCGGAACUCGAUACGAAGAAAUAUUGGAGCUGCGAAAAAUGUACUUUACGUAACUCAAUACAUAAUACUUUUUGUGAAGUUUGUGGAUUUAAAAGAGACGCUGCUAAUUCUGAGCCAACAGAAAACAAAAGAAAGACACCUGUGUCUGAAUCAAAAGUGACUAGAACUCCUAAAUCUGCAGAUAAACAAGAAUCAGACAAGAAAGUUAGAGAGGAUGGUGCUAAAACUUCACCUGAGAGUACGGCUGCCAGUAAAACAACUAAUAGCUUGGAGAACAAGAAAGUUCAAGGAAAGCAGCAGGAAAAAGAAAAGAGACUAAAGUCGUCAGGGGAAAACGACAAAACAGCAGAGAGUUGGUCAUGUUCACAAUGUACAUACAGAAACACACUGAAUAAGCCAGUCUGCCAAAUGUGUGGUAGUCAUAAAGCACAAAAGAAACACAUCGAGUCAAAACUCACAUUAUCUAUCAGACAGCCGAGCUCAAAGAUGGAAAAUAUUCGAAAACUGGAAGAAAAUGAGGCGUCUAAACUCUUGCAAAACAUUAUUUUUUGCUGUUGGAAGCACCACAAUCACUUUAUUGACGAUUCCUUCCCGCCCAUUUCAAGGUCCAUAUUUAUCAAUCAGGACAAACCCUUCAUAAAGACUCCUAUCCAAUGGCUGCGACCAACAGAAAUAGGGAAUGAAAAGGACAAGUGGGAAGUGUGUAAGACCCCGUUACCAAAUGACAUCUCUCAGGGACAGCUGGGAAACUGUUGGUUUCUUAGUGCCUUAGCCGUGUUGGCGGAGCGUCCAGAACUCGUAAAGAACAUCAUUCUGACCAAAACCUACUGUCCACAAGGGGCCUACCAGGUCCGUCUCUGUAAGGACGGUAUAUGGCAGAUCGUCCUAAUUGAUGACCUUUUGCCUUGUGAUAACCAUAAACGGCUGGUCUUCUCUCAGGCUAAAGGACGACAACUUUGGGUCCCCUUGAUAGAGAAAGCCAUGGCCAAGGUACAUGGAAAUUAUGAAAAUCUGGCAGCAGGAAGGUGUAUAGAGGGUCUAGCUACCUUAACAGGUGCCCCCUGUGACAUCAUAAAAUUACAACCUAGAUCACAGAAAAGAGACGUAGACCCUAACUUAAUCUGGGCCAAACUUCUCAGCUGUAGGGAGUCAGGAUUUUUGAUGGGGGUCUCCUGCGGGGGUAACGAUAAGACAGAAGACAAGGUCUACAAGCGGAAAGGACUGCUAGCUCAGCACGCCUACUCCAUUCUGGAUGUCAAGGACAUUGACGGAAAUAAGUUGUUAAGGUUACGCAAUCCAUGGGGAAGGUUUUCUUGGAACGGGGAUUGGAGUGACAACUCCACCAAGUGGGCCAACAUUAGUACCCGGGCGAAACAGGAUCUGAUGUUGUAUGGGGAAAAAUCAGGCGUCUUUUGGAUAUCAAUUGAAGAUGUUCUGAAAUACUUUGACAGUGUAGAGAUAUGUAAGAUUCGUCCUGAUUGGAGAGAAAUCCGAUUGGAGGGAAUAUUCCCAACCAAUGCGAGUGAGGUUUUCAAAAUGGUGAAGUUGACUGUGUCCAAAACUACAGAGGUUGAAGUUGGUGUGUUUCAGAACGGUGUCAGGGGCAGUAAAAAUAAAAACCUCGCUGAUCUUUGUGCGUUGAUCCUCCGGGAUUCCCCUGAUGGUGUCCAGACUUUUGGAUCCCUAGUGGCAUGCAGCAAUCGUCAGAUCAAAAGUUUUGGGGGCUGUAACACAAUGCUGGAACCAGGGGAAUAUGUUGUGCUACCUCUGUCGUUCAACAACUUUAAUUUGUCUACGAAGCCUAAGGACAGAUCCAGCUAUGUAGUGUCUAUCCAUAGUUCUAAAAAAAUAAUGGUGGAAGAGAUUGAAACCCGGAUGCAGAAAUACGAGUACACUCUGGCUGAUGCCAUAAUACAGCUCACUCUGUCCAAGGGAAAGAGAGAGAGAGUAUGUGAUAAAGUCUCUAUUUACUCACUGUAUCAAUGGUGUGGUUGUAUCAUUAUGAUUGAAAAUCGCUGUAGUAAUCAGAGUUUCCAUAUAAAGUAUGACUGUUCAAAGAGCACUAAUGUGGUGUCCACUCGUGGUAGCCUCACCACUCUUGACUCCAUCCCUCCACUACACAGACAAGUGAUAAUGGUGCUGACUCAUUUGGGAAGAAAUGCAUCCCACAAUAUUUCUCAGAGAUUGACUUAUUUCAAGCAUAAGUCACCCACAUUGCUGUCGGACUGGUCUGCAGAGGGAGUGAAGCACGUUCCACCACUUACACACCAUGAAGAGGGACUACACGCUCCAAGACCUCUAUAA